AUGUUGCAGCCACUCCCCGUCGACGUUGCCAACGAUGCUCGGCUUCGCAAGGACUUCUCCUACGACGAAUCCGCCGAGGCCUUGCAAUCCCUCGACGACGAGUAUGAAACUCUGUCCGGUCUCCAGGACCCGCGAGUUCUCAUCACUACCUCCCGAUCUCCUUCAAGCAGGCUUCAAGGCUUUUCCAAAGACCUCCGUUUGUUGAUGCCAACGGCCACGGUCAUCAACCGUGGCACUAUGACUUUGCAGGAUCUCGUCCGCGUUGCCAACGCCACUGGCCUUACUGACAUCGUCCAUGUUCACGAACACCGCGGCACCCCGUCGGCUUUGACGAUAUCUCAUCUUCCUCACGGACCGACCAUCAGCUUCAGCCUUCACAACGUCAAGACCCGCCAGGACUUGCCAAAUGCGCUGCGCGGCAACAUCUCAGAGAGCUAUCCUCAUCUCAUCUUCGAUGGUUUCUCCACGGAACUCGGCAAGCGUGUGCAGCGAGUCCUUCAGCACUUGUUACCUCCAAGAGAUUCUUCCAUGAGAGCGGGCAACCGAACAGUCACAUUUAAGCGUCUGGAGGACGACAGCAUCGAGGUGCGCCAUCAUUUGUACGUACGCACUGGUUACGACCAGCUGGAGUUGUCUGAGGUUGGUCCCCGCGUGACCAUGCGGGCAUUCUCCAUCAGGAAUUGCACGUUGGAAGAACGGGAGGGCGAUGUGGAGUGGCAGAUGAACCACUACACGAGAACGGCGAGAAAGAAGACGGUGCUUUAG